UGGUGUGUGUGUGUGUGUGUGUGUGUGUGUGUGUGUGUGCACGUGUGUACUCUUCCGUGUCUAACUUGAUUGUCUUAUGCUUGUCUCAGUGAGGGCUAUGAAACAGUCCACAGAGGCCCUGGCCAUGACGGACACAGGCCAGCAGGAGAACGGGGAGGAGGACGGUCUGACACAGGUGUUGACUGACGUGUUGAAGGAGGUGAGGCUCUCCAUCAGUAAAGACAUCAGUGGAGCUGACCUGCUACACAGCCUGCUCAGUGCACCCUGGCUCUGCUCUCUACUUAGGGUAUAUGAGUGCCUGCUGCAGCAGAAGAAGAGUGUGUUAACCCCUUACUUGCCUUACUCGUCUGGACUCUCUCAGGAGGUGAUGGCCAAUUUAAGAGAGGUCACGACCCCUACACCAGAGAUUCUGGAGCUUUACCACAUACUGGGAAAGCCUCACGUGCAGGCUUUGCUGCUAACGCACGAUACGGUGGCCAAGAGGGACUACGACCCAGUGCUGCCGCCCAUCCCUGCCAACCUGCCUGUUGAUGAGGAAUCCAUGAGGAUCGUGUGUCUGGUCAAGAACAUGCAACCGCUGGGAGCCACAAUAAAGAAGGACCUGAAGACUAAAGAGAUCCUCGUGGCCAGAGUCAUCCAUGGAGGUCUAGCAGACCGCAGUGGUCUCCUGAACCCAGGUGAUAAGCUCGUGGAGGUAAACGGAAGGCCUAUGAGGGGGCUGGACCCGGAGACGGUCAUCCAGAUCCUGAUGAACUCUCGAGGAACUAUAAUGUUCAAAGUGAUCCCCAAUUCACCACAGCCAGACAACCAACAAACUACGGUGUUUGUGAGGGCUAUGGCAGACUAUGCUCCUGUACUGGACCCCACUAUCCCGUGUCCGGACGCGGGUAUGGCCUUCCGUAAGGGGGAGCUGCUGGAGAUCGUGGACCAGACAGACUCCCUCUGGUGGCAGGCCAAGAAACUGCAAAGCUCAACCACUUGUGCAGGUCUCAUACCGUCCACUAACUCUCUCAAGAAGAGACUGAGGGAGGUGUGGUUCUCUGAGCCGUCUCAAGCACACACCUGCAUCAAACCCUUAAACUCUCUGGAUGACGAAGACGAUGACUUGGGGAUCAUUGAUCUCAACUUUGAUGACAUGGAUGAGGAUGCUCCUGAAACCGACAAGCUCUCAGAAGAGGAGGCUGAGAGUGACUACACUAAGGAAGGCAUCUACAUAGCUGGGUUCCGGCGCAGCAUUCGCUUCUGGAGGCGGAGGACCCAGAGCAAGCGCAGACAGUCGUGUCAUUCGUGUUGCCCGAGUAAAAACCACGGCUCGCUAGACAAUCCCUACGAGGAGGUGGUAACCUUCCAGAGGAAUCCCGAAGAACCACCCCGCCUCAUUGCCCUGAUAGGUCCAUCUGGUGUAGGAGUGAAUGAGUUACGCAAACAGAUCAUCAAAAUCAACCCCAGCAAGUUCCAAGGAGCUGUCCCUCACACAACAAGACCUCUGAAGUUCUCUGAAGAGGCUGGGAGGGAGUACCAUUUCAUCAGCAGUGAGCUGUUUGAGUACAUGGCCUACAACCACCGGUUUUUGGAGUACGGAGAGUUCCAAGGGCAUUUCUACGGCACCAGUGUGGAUGCCAUCAAGGAGGUGAUAGACAGCGGGAAAGUGUGUGUCAUCGACAUCGAGCCGCAUAGUAUCCAGUCCAUCAGGACGAAGAGGCUACGGCCCUUCAUCGUCUUCGUCAGGCCCCCCAGUCUGGAGCGCCUGAGACAGACCCGGAGGAACGCCAAGGUCAUCACCAGCUACCAGAUCGAGCGAAACUUCAGGGAUGUGGACUUCCGUGAGAUGGAGUCGACAUCUCUGCGUCUGGAGGCCCUGUAUGGCCACUUCUUUGACCACGUGCUGGUGAACGAGGACCUGAGAGAGACCUGCCUGCAGCUCUUCACCCUGAUCCAGCACGCCCAGGAGGACCCGCAAUGGGUUCCCACAACCUGGACGCUACCUGACGAACCCUAACACACACACACACACACACACACACACACACACACACACACACACACACACACACACACAUAAACUCCUACAAACCAAGGCCCAGGACACCCCACAGUGAGAGGACACCACCUGGAAGCACACACAUAUGCAGACACACACACACACAAACAUGCAGACACACACACAUUCUCAUAUACACACAUG